GUCCGAAUAUAACUGGAUUCCAUUUCGGCGGCUGGUCUCCCCUGUGUCCUUCCUCGUCUCUUCCAUUUUGCCCCAAUGUCGUCCUCAGAUUUAUCCACUCUUCCCCUUCUUCUUUCUCCUUUUUUCCCUUGAUUUUCGAUCUCGGGCAGCGGUUCUGAGGCGGGAUCUCCUCCGCCCGAUCACUUCACUCGGACUUCGGUUUGGCUGUUCUGAGUCCGCGAUCGAGCUCUGAAUUGUUUAUUUCUGCUAGGUUAGGUUUAGGAGAUCGAAGUGGAGCGGGGAACAGUGAGCGGGUUUGCUCAUGGCGGAGUCUCGGCGGUACCCCCUCGGUGCUCAAUUAGACAUUGAGCAGAUACUUUUGGAGGCUCAGCAUCGAUGGCUACGUCCUGCUGAAAUUUGUGAAAUUCUUCGAAAUUACAAAAAUUUUAAUAUUGCUCCAGAGCCUCCACAUAUGCCCCAAAGUGGUUCACUUUUUCUUUUUGAUCGGAAGGUGUUGAGAUACUUCAGGAAAGAUGGCCAUAACUGGAGGAAGAAGAAAGAUGGAAAGACAGUGAAGGAGGCACAUGAAAGGCUCAAAGCUGGAAGCGUUGAUGUGUUGCACUGCUAUUAUGCUCAUGGAGAAGAAAAUGAAAGUUUUCAAAGGCGCAGCUAUUGGUUGCUUGAAGAGGAACAAUCAAAUAUCGUUCUUGUCCACUACCGUGAAGUAAAGGGAAAUAGGGCAAACUUUAACCGUGUUAAAGAUGUUGAGGCAGCUAUUCCCAAUUCCCAAGAAAGUGAAGAAUUUGUACCUUAUUCUGAGGUGGACAGUUCUAUAUCUUCUAAAUUUAACCCAUACAACUACCAACUAACUUCGCCAAACACAGAUACAACAAGCCUGAACAGCACUCAGGCCUCAGAAUAUGAAGAUGCUGAGUCAGUGAAUUUUGAUGCAGCAUAUAAUCACCAAGCAAGUUCAGGAUUCCACUCUUUCCUUGACAAGCAGCCACGUGUAAUGGAAAAGAUGGACAAUGGACUCCCUGUCCCAUAUUAUCCAGUCCAUUACUCAAAUGAUUAUCAAGGAAAGUUGGAUGGUAUUCCUGGUGUAGAUUUUGUCCCACACUCUCAAGGAAAUAUGGAUAAGAAUGGUGGUAGUGCUGCUUUGACAUAUGAUCCCCAAAACAUCCAAUCAUGGAAGGACAUAUUAGAAAGUAGCAGUGCUGGAACUCAAUCUGUCCCAUUUCAGGCAUCAUUUUCCUCUAAUCAUUCUGAUAGAAUGAGCUUUGGUUUAGCACAAGGAAAUGAGCUUCUGGGGCAAAUUUUGACAGAUGGAAUUGGUAAAAAACAAGACCUUGGGAUUUACCCACAACGCCAAGACCAGUGGCAGAAUUCUGAAGGUGGUUAUCCAUACAUAUCGAAGUGGCCUAUGGAUCAGAAGUUGCCAGACUCGGCAUAUCGUCUUACCACUGGGAUAAAUGGGGAAGGCACUAACCCUGUGGAUUUGCUGAACGCUGGGGGGCCCAGCAAUUCAUAUCCUGCUGAGCAGAACAAUUAUAAUGCACAAAAGGACUCCAGGAUACAGCUUGCAUAUCCUGGAGUAAGUGAUCUCAAAUCAGAAGAAAGCAAUCUGACAGAAGAGAGAAAAGCAGACAAUCCUCCAUUGAAACAGCCUUUGUUAGAUGGCUUACUAAGAGAAGGUCUGAAGAAGCUUGAUAGCUUUGACCGAUGGAUGAGCAAGGAAUUGGGGGAUGUAAAUGAAUCACAUAUCCAGUCCAGCUCUGGAACUUACUGGGAGGCUGUUGAAACAGAAGAUGGAGGAGAUGAUUCCAGCAUUGCCCCACAAUUAGACACCUACAUGCUAGGUCCCUCUCUGUCUCAGGACCAGCUCUUCAGCAUUAUUGACUUCUCACCAAACUGGGCAUAUGCAGGCUCAGAGAUAAAGGUCUUGAUUACGGGAAAAUUUUUGAAGAGUCAAAAAGAAGUGGAGGAGUGCCAGUGGUCAUGCAUGUUUGGAGAAGUAGAAAUUCCUGCAGAGGUUAUAGCAGAUGGUGUACUUCGUUGCCAUACUCCAUUACACAAGGCUGGGAGGAUUCCUUUUUACGUGACUUGCUCCAAUAGGUUGGCAUGCAGUGAAGUGCGAGAAUUUGAAUACAGAGUUGACAAUAAUCAAGAUGUAGAUGUUCCGGAUAUCUACACUAAUGAAAUUAUUCUUCGUAUGAGAUUUGGAAAAUUGUUGUCUCUAGAAUCUGCCAAUGGCCCAAGUUCUGUUCCAAGUACUCCAGGCGAGGAGUCCCAUUUGAGCAGGAAAAUCAGUUCUCUACUAAAAGAGGAUAAUGGGUGGGAGGAUAUGUUAAAGCUUACUUCAGAAGAUUUUUUCUCUGUGGAGGAAGUCAAGGAGCAGCUGCUUGAAAAGCUACUGAAGGAGAAGCUGCAUAUGUGGCUCCUUCAGAAGAUUGCUGAAGGGGGAAAAGGCCCUAAUGUAUUGGAUGAGGAAGGCCAAGGUGUGUUACAUUUUGCAGCAGCACUUGGUUAUCAUUGGGCUAUUCCACCCACGCUAGCUGCAGGUGUAAAUGUCAACUUCCGUGAUGUGAAUGGGUGGACAGCACUCCAUUGGGCAGCCUUUUGUGGAAGAGAGCGGACAGUAGCUUUCCUCAUUUCGCAAGGUGCAGCUGCUGGAGCAUUGGCAGAUCCAACUCCCAUAUAUCUUUCUGGCCAAACACCUGCAGAUCUAGCUUCCAGCAAAGGGCACAAGGGGAUUGCAGGUUUUCUUGCAGAAUCUGCCUUGAGCUCUCAUCUGUGGUCACUUGAGCUUAAGGAUGGUUCUGAGGUUGGAGCUGGAGAAAGCUCUGGGUUAAAAGCUGUACUCACUGUUUCAGAACGGACUGCUACUCCAGUCAGUGAUGGGGAUUCUAUGAAGGACUCAUUGGCUGCUGUAUGUAAUGCUAUUCAAGCUGCUGAUAGAAUUCAUCAGGUCUUUAGGGUGCAAUCAUUCCAACGAAAGCAGAUCAAAGAAUAUGGUGAUGAAAAAUUUGGAUUGUCUGAAGAGCGUGCCCUUUCACUUGUUGCUCUUAAGAAAAGCAGGUUCGGACAACAUGAGGUGCCAGCACAUGCUGCGGCAAUACGGAUACAAAAUAAAUUCCGUAGUUGGAAGGGCAGAAAAGAAUUUUUGACAAUCCGAGAGCAAAUUGUGAAAAUUCAGGCCCAUGUCAGAGGACACCAGGUGAGGAAGAAUUAUAGAAAGAUAAUUUGGUCUGUUGGAAUUUUAGAGAAGAUAAUUUUGCGGUGGAGAAGAAAAGGGAGUGGUUUGCGUGGAUUUAAAAAAGAAGCACCGACUCAAGGGUCUAGCAUCGUGGGUACAUCCUCUAAGGAGGAUGAUUAUGAUUUCUUGAAAGAAGGCAGGAAGCAAACAGAAGAAAGGUUGCAGAAGGCACUUGCAAGGGUCAAGUCCAUGGUUCAGUAUCCAGAAGCGAGAGAUCAAUACCGUAGGCUGCUGAAUGUUGUCACUGAGAUGCAGGAAGCCAAGGCUGUGGAUGAGAGGGUUCUAGACAACACAGAAGAGACAGCUUAUUUUGACGAAGAUCUGAUUGAUAUUGACGCAUUGUUGGAUGAUGAUACCUUCAUGCCAACAGCAACUUGACAGAAUCACCACCCUUCUGCUUCUUGUCAAAUGUGGUUUGACAUCUGCUUCAAUUGACUGGAGGACUGUAAAAAUAGGUUGGACUGAUAUUCAUCUGUAAAUUUUGUACUCCGUCUACUUGAUCUACUUAUAUGUAAGAGUGGGUCAGGGAUUGCAGUACAGGGCUCGGGCUGCGUUGCUAGUGUGAAAUUUGUCCCCAUAGAUCUGCAUAUUUGUGAUUACAUGUGGGGUUGUGCAGCAAGCAAUCCGUUAACUGUAGUAAUGUAAACAGCAUGUAGGCUUAAAAUAUUUGGUUUGCUGAA